AAUCCAUGGUGCCACACAUCUCCACACAUCUGCAGCCAAACACUAUGAUUCAGGAGAGCGUGCAAGACGAGAUGACUCACCGGACAGGCAUUCUCGCCACCCUCUUCGACAUGCAACGCCUGAAGCUGCGCCAAAAAGCAUCAGAGUUAUUCUCCCAGAAGAGCGACUUGCGAUGUUUCGACAAACCACUUGGGAGCACGGGUACUUGACCCUGGUUUCAGCACAACUCCAUUUCUCACGCCCUAUUCUAGUUGCCAACCAGUAUACCGUCACUACGUCUUGCGAGUGGGACGACUUCGUCCAGGGAGCGACCCAAGAUCUUACCGAACACUUUUGCUUUAUUAAGAAACGCCAUUCUUGGAGUCGUCUUCUCAUUAGCGAGGAACUUCUUUUCAACUUGAUGUCUUACUACUCUAUCUUUCCCUCCUUUCUUCAAACUAUCUCGUUAUUUGGAGUUCAAGUUUCAGAAGGAGAUCGACCAGUGGGUUUCUUCUUUCAGCUUCUGACUCGACUCCGCGCCCACGAUGGAGGUUUACAGAAUCUCGCCGUCAACGGCUAUGAACUCCAUUAUGUACUACGGUACGUAGAAAAACAUGGACGCGAUUUAAGCAACCCGUGGUCGAUGAGAAAAAUGGCCAUUUGCCACAAGUUCGCUAGAGAGGGGAACAUCUCCAGCUGGAUCAUCGUUCAUGGGAGUAAAACACUUCAGGAUAGGUUAACCGCACCGCGAGCUGAACCGAUUUCGAGCCUUCAUGGCUGGGAUGCUCUAGAAGCAUCUGCAGCUUCGAAUCACCUUCUAAUCUUGCUUGAUGCGCUGCGAAAUUGGGAUGACUACAUUGAAUAUCUCUCGGCGGAAUUUAAAGACACGGUAAGUCUAGCGUAUUGCCCUAAUCUAAAUAAGAAGGCUAAUACAUUUGCUCCGUACGUAGAACGAUAGGGCUCUAGUAUCCAAGAUUGUGAAAGCUAUGGACGACCAGGACCUCGAGGUUACUGUAAAAGACAUGCAAUGGCUCCAGGGAUUCAUCCAACAUUUGACUCUAGUCUACGCCAGCCUCUCACAAAACCUCAACACCAUUAACGAACUUUGUAAAUUCACCAAGGCUCAGCCACGCCGCACUCG